ACACAGCAUCUCAUAGUCUCUCGUACAGUUCCUUACGCAUUUGCUUCUUCGUUUUCCUUUCCUUCCUAACAUCUCCAGCCCAACAUGAAUUUCGGCCCCGAUGCCUCGAAAGAGGACAUGCUCCAGGAAGACCCUACGAUACAACUCAAUGGCAUCGCAGACGAGGCCAAUGGCAGCACCCCGAACCCUCCUGAGCGCUACGGCCAGCCUCUCCCCAAAGAAUGGAUACCGCUCUAUAGAAAGCCCAUGCGCACGCCCACACGCCGUCUGCGAGUAGUCUGUAUAGGCGGCGGCAUCUCGGCCAUGAACCUUGCCUAUAAAAUCUACCACGAGCACCUCCUCAUCGACAAGGAUGUGGUCAGCGAUUUUAAUAUCUUUGAAGCUCACGAAGAAAUGGGAGGGACCUGGCUUGUGAACAAAUACCCUGGUGUAGCCUGCGACGUUCCCGCACAUAUCUACACGUUUCCCUUCGAACCGAAUCCCGAUUGGAGUGCUUACUACGCCUCGGGGGAGGAGAUUUGGCACUAUUUCAAGAGGACCGUGCACAAAUACCAGCUGGCGCGGGGACUGAAGCUGGGACAUCGCGUUCAAAAGGCGGAGUUUGACGAAGAGUCGGGCAAGUGGAAGCUGGAGGUGAAGAACAAGGACGGGGUCAUACACGACGAGUGUGACGUGCUGGUCUCCGCCGUGGGGUUCUUAUCACACUGGCGGUGGCCGGACAUUGACGGGCUGCACUCGUUCAAAGGCCGGCUGAUGCACUCUGCAGUGUGGGAGAAGGACUUUGACUGGAAGGGACAGAGAGUAGCGGUCAUAGGGAAUGGCUCAUCGGGCAUCCAGAUCCUGCCCAAGAUGGUGGGAAGCGCAAAGCACGUCACCAACUUCAUUCGACGGCCCACGUACAUCACGCCUGGACUGGGAAGCGGCAUCAUCGAUGGCAAAGAGCAAUAUAUCUACAGCGAGGAGGAGAAGCGCAAUUUCCGCGAACACCCCGAGCAAUUGAAGGAGUACCGCAAGAAGAUCCAAGCGGGGAGCAAUCGCGCCUUUGACAUGUUUUGCAAGAACUCGCAUGCGCAGGAUGUCGCUCGACAAUCCACGGCCGAUCAGAUGCGGGAGAAGUUGGGAGGGGAUGAGGAGUUGGCGAAGAAGCUGACGCCGGAAUACGAAGUGGGUUGUCGAAGAGCCACGCCGGGUCCGGGAUACCUUGAAGCAUUCACCAGAGACGACUGCAGUCUUGUCACCGAGUCCAUCAAGGCGAUCGAGAAGACGGGGAUCCGGACGGCGGAUGGGAAGCUGCAUGAAUUUGAUGCGAUUGUUUGCGCCACGGGCUUCAAUGUGUCACAUCGGCCACCGUGGCCGUUAAUAGGAAGAGGAGGCUUGACGUUGUCGGACGCGUGGGCGGAAGAGCCGUAUUCGUACUUGUCUUUGUGUGCUUCCCGCUUUCCCAAUUUCUUCAUGUUCUCUGGACCAAACGCCCCCGUCGGCCACGGCAGUCUCAUGGCCGGACUCGGCUGGAGCGCAGAGUACAUGACAAGCUGGAUCCGCAAGAUGGCAGAGGAGGAUAUCAAGUUCAUCGAUGUGAAGCCCGAAGUACUAGACGAGUUCAACGCCUACGCCGACGAGAUUAUGCAGACACUGGUGUGGAGCGGCGGCUGCCAGAGCUGGUAUAAGAAUAAUCGAACAGACGGCAAAGUCACGGCCGUAUGGGCUGGCAGCGUUCUCGGGUACUGGGCGAUGAUCAACCAGAUCCGGCCGGAGGAUUUUGAAAUCCGGUAUAGGACUAAGAAUCGAUUUAGAUUCAUGGGCAAUGGGCGAACGCAGAUGGAGUACGAUCCGAAUGCCGAUCUUGCGUUUUAUCUGAAGAAGUGAGGUGUAUGGCUGGGCAGAUGGAUUCGAACCGCACGUCGAAGACGACUGAAGUCACUAAAAGAGGCCGCCGAACAGGUUCGGGGCCGUUUGAGAAUGCACGAUGUGAGGCUCUCGCGGAGCAGACGAUCAAGCCGAUGUUCGAAGCUGUAAUGGAUUAAGACAGUCGCAUUGAUGAAUGAACAUUCCAGCUCUCAGUAACGAAUUGUCAAGACUCAUCCUGCUGCACGUCUCGCCAGCAUCGUAU